CUCGGCGCUGCUGCCCGUCGCACCUUACCUCGCCGGCAGGACACAAUGGCCCCGAGCCCCCACUCGCGCUCGGCUUCACGCGAGGUGGCAGCACCGCCUCUCCCUCGGCCCCGGGCGGCGGGUGGGUGUGCGGGUAGCUGAGAGGGACGAGGUCGGAGCCCGGCGGGAUGCGGGACUAACCUGGAGCCCUUCCCCCCGACGCCGGCGGCGCGCUGCGAGGCCUCGGUGGCUGCGAGGAAGGAACGGUAGUUGUAGCGUUGCCACAGGUGGGUGGUCUGGACAUACGCGAUUUGCGUAACGAAAGACCCGGCCGGGCAGAGACUUGCGGAGAAAAGUGUGUAAGCGGGGCUCGAUCCACGCAGUUGGAGUACGGAAGAAGCCAGCGGCGGAGAGACGGCGAAACUGUAUCUUGCCUUCCUCAGCACUAUGGACAGGAAGACAAAAGAAAACUGUCCUGGAAACCCUUCUCGUGCUACUAAGGUAGCAAAUCCUGUUGUGGAUGGCCCAAAACGUGUCCCCGUGCCUCAGAAUUCUGCCCAGAGCCGGCCGCUGAACAGUGGAGUUCAACCACAGCGUGUUCUGUGUCCUUCAAAUUUUGCCCAGCGAGUUCCUGUACAGUCACAAAAAUCUUCACUGUCAAACCAAAAACUGUCUAACAAUCAGACAACGCAGCAGCCCCGACCAAAACUUCCAGUCCAGCCAACUGCUGGGCCUCAGGUUCCAAGCAAGAGUAGUGAAAAACCUCAACAAGCUCCUGUACCUGCAAAGAGUUCUGAAGCAGACAGCGUAUCUAAACAGAAAAACGAAGAGUCUACUAAAAAGAAAAAGGAGGAGACUAAAAAAAGACAGUGGUCUCUUGAUGAUUUUGAAAUUGGUCGUCCUCUGGGGAAAGGGAAAUUUGGAAAUGUAUACUUGGCACGUGAAAAGCAGAGUAAAUUUAUUCUUGCACUGAAAGUGCUGUUUAAAGCACAGCUUGAGGAUGCUGGGGUAGAACAUCAACUACGAAGAGAAGUUGAAAUACAGUCUCAUCUCAGGCAUCCCAACAUUCUCAGACUGUAUGGCUACUUCCAUGAUGUUACACGAGUCUACCUUAUUCUAGAGUAUGCACCUCGUGGAGAAGUCUUCAAGGAACUACAGAAGCUUACCAAAUUUGAUGAACAAAGAACUGCAACUUACAUUACCGAACUAGCAGAUGCCCUAUCAUACUGUCAUUCAAAGAGCGUGAUUCACCGGGACAUCAAGCCAGAAAACCUGCUGCUUGGCUCUAAUGGAGAAUUAAAAAUUGCAGACUUUGGAUGGUCUGUGCAUGCUCCAUCCUCUAGGAGAUCAACUCUCUGUGGGACACUUGACUACUUGCCUCCUGAAAUGAUUGAGGGAAGAACACAUGAUGAAAAGGUGGAUAUUUGGAGCUUGGGGGUUCUGUGCUAUGAAUUCCUUGUAGGGAAGCCACCUUUUGAAGCACAAACAUAUCAAGAAACCUACAGAGCUAUUUCCAGGGUGGAAUUCAAGUAUCCAUUAUUUGUAACAGAAGGUGCAAGGGAUUUAAUUUCAAAGCUUCUGAAACAUAACCCUUUCCAUCGGCUGCCCUUGAAGGAUGUACUUGUUCAUCCCUGGAUUACAGCAAAUUCUACAAAGCUGCCCAACAAUAGAAAGUGAUGUUGCUACGCCAUCCAGAAUAUAGUCUUAACAAGGGUAAUCUCAUUGGACUAACGAGCAGAUUUGUACUGUGACUACUGUAAUACAAUAAGAAAAGCAGGUCUUGGAUUCCAGUAGCAAUUAAGAACACAAGUCUUUGGGUUGGUUAUCAUCUUGAACUGAUCUUGAAUUGCAACGUAAAUCUAUUUGACUUCUAGCUGGAUGUUGUGGAAUACUUAAUGUACUUGAAAAAUAACUACACAUGGGCCAGGUCUAUUGAUGUAAGUAUUCAAGGUCUGUUCAAGGCCUUUAUGAUAUGAUCUGUCAUAAUUAUAGCUCAUUGUUCCAAUAAUAAGAGACAGCAGUGAUACUAUCUUACUGAACAGUGCAAUAUCCCAGAGAUACCUGCCUAUGAACUCACUGGGCUGCUAAAAGGUAUCAUACCUGUGGUGUAAUCUGAAACUGAGGUGAAUGCAUUUGUGUCCUAAAAAUGAAUGAUGUGUGCAUUUUUGUCUCUAGUUUUUGUCUUAAAUGUGAGCACUCAAGUUUCUAAAUAAAGAUUGCUUAUAUAUUGUAAA